UUCUGUUUACUGUACUGUGGGUUCUUGUUUGGCACUCCCUCCUACCCCGUCAUCGCUUCUCCUCCCCCACCACCUGUUGCCUCUCCCUCCCACCCACCUCGUCAUCACCUCUCCCUCGCACCCACCUAAUCGCCUCUCCCUCCCACCUUUCCGUCGCUGCUCCCUCCCACCCCGCCAUCCACUCUCCAUCCCACCCCGCCAUCCCCACUCCCUCCCACCCACCGCGCCGUCGACUCUCCCUCCCACCCACUGUCGCCACUCCCUCCAUCCCGCCGUCACCGCUCCUUUCCUCCCGCCGUCGCCGCUCCCUCCCUCACCGUCGUCGCCUCUCCCUCCUCCUCGCCGUCGCCUCUCCCUCCCAUCCCGCCGUAUCCUCCCCCUCACUCCCCGUCGUCGCCUCUCCCUCCUCCCCGCUGUCGCCUCGCCAUCCCAUCCCACCGUAUCCUCCCCCUCACUCCCCGUCGUCGCCUCUCCCUCCUCCCCAUCGUCGCCUCUCCUUCCUCCCCGUCGUCGCCUCUCCCUCCUCCCCGUCGUCGCCUCUCCCUCCUCCCCGUCGUCGCCUCUCCUUCCUCCCCGUCGUCGCCUCUCCCUCCUUCCCGUCGUCACCUCUCCCUCCUCCUCGCCGUCGCCUCUCCCUCCCACCCCGUAGUCGCCUCCGGCGACAGGUGCACGAGCGCAACCGCGAAUUGGUGCGAGAGCGCGGGUUGGUGCGAGAGCGCGGGUUGGUGCGCGAGCGCGGGUUGGUUUCUGGCACCGUGGUUAUCAGGUGUGUUCCCGGUCUUUUCAUCCUCCCCUCCCCUCUCUGA